AUCCCGCCCGCCCUCUCACCUCUAGACGCGUUUGCCAUGCAGUCGAGGCUGCUCGCUAAGAGAUUCGAGCAGAAAGAGGACGGAAGGCGCCUUAGCAGACUGCCACCCCGCACAAUUGAAAACGAGUUCGGAAAGCGCAGGCCUCCUUACUACAGGUCGCAAUCCGCCGACAGCGACGAGACCGAUGGUCAGUCGCCGGAAAGAGAGGAAGAGCAUGCCAACCAGGUCAACCCUCAGGGCCAGCGUCCCAUGUCGCAUCACCCGACCAUUGAGUCCGACGACUGGACCGCAUCCGGGCACUACGAGAACACGCUAUCACCAUUGGGCGAGGAACCAACACCUCCCCAAGAGCAGCCAAUCCAGCCAGCCCAGGACUACUUUACCAUCCCGCGGGCCCACUCCCCAGAGCAGAUUGAGACGAGAGUGGAGGAAGCGACGCCAAACACGCCUGGCUCCAAGACCCCUCAACAGUCGCAGGUACCCACCAGUGCACAACAUACGCCCGUCAAGGGUUUGAUGCCGCCGAGGUCCCCAGCCCAGUCCAAGUCGCCAAGAGCUUCGCCGAGCAUUCGUUCUGUGCAAUGCGACAGCUCCGACGAUGCCGAGAAUGCAUCCAUGGGCGGUUCAUUCGAUUCCUUGCCCUACAGGCAGAUUUCCAGUUCGAAUACAGAAUAUUCGAGGUCCCACUCGCCGUCCUCUCCGGCUCGCCCUGUCUUCCCGCGAUCUCCGUCGGUGGCGUCUGACCGCUCUGCUGGUGGCACCCUUAUGCCGAGACCGGCUUACAACUUCUCUAGGCCGAUGGGUGGCAGACCGUCGCUCGACGCGAGGGAUCGCGCGCCGUCCCGCACGGCUUCCAGGGACAGGGCGCCCUCGAGACAGGGUUCUGGUGACAGCCGGUACAUUGCGUACAACGAAUCCGUGCACACCCCUGUGAGCAUCACGAGCGAGGAUUAUAUGGCGGCGCAUGACCCCAACAAUGCUGCUACAGCUCCUUCAUACAUAUACACAAAGUACGAUUUGCCUCGCGGCAGAACCCUGCAGCGGGAUUCGGUUGGCGCAGCCACUUUCAUCAGCCAGCAGUUCCAUUGGGAUGGCAGCAGGGCUGGGUCUAGCGCCUCGGAACGCCCUCCGUCGCCCCCGUCGCCUCCCAAGACGGCUAAUUCCGACAACGCAGGAUCGAGGUCCAUGGACGUCCCGCGCAGUGACGCUCCUUCGGUCGCGUCCAGCGAUGCCACGAUUAGGGCUCAAAUGUCACGGCCUACGUCGUCGGGUGCUUCAAGUGGCACCGCUGUUACACGCAUUGCCGACAUGACGGCUCAGCAGCACCUGGACAAGGGCGUCGAGUUCCACGAAAAGGGAGAGGUCCAAAAGUCGACCUACCACCUUCGUCUGGCUGCCAGGGCCGGUCUGCCAACUGCCAUGUUGCUGUACGCGCUUGCCUGUCGUCACGGAUGGGGCAUGCGACCAAACCAAGCCGAAGGUGUCCAAUGGCUGCGCAAAGCCGUCGAUUCCGCUCAGCUCGAAGUUGCCGACGACGAGGACCUUGUCACCAAGGGCAAGGCCGGCCCGGAUGUCACGCAACGCAAGACGCACAAGGCACAGUUCGCUCUCAGCGUGUACGAGCUCGGUGUUUCGUACAUGAACGGAUGGGGCAUUCAACAAGAUCGCAGUCUCGCCCUGCGCUGCUUUGAGAUUGCUGGCAACUGGGGUGACGGCGAUGCGCUGGCCGAGGCUGGCUUCUGCUGGGCCCAGGGUGUCGGCUGCAAGAAGGAUCUCAAGAAGGCAGCGAAGUUUUACCGCUCGGCCGAGGCGAAGGGUAUCAGCAUGGCAGGCAAUAGCUGGAUCUACAAGGACAAGUACAUGGACAAGGAAAGCGACGGCGAGAACUCCCGCGGUCGUUCGGCAUCAAAAGACGGAAGAAAGGGUCGCGACAAGUCGCGCACUCGUACCAUCUUCAGCCGGAAGAAGUCUGUGGCGGCGUAGUACACUACGCUCUGAUCCUUUUCCGCUUUCUUGUCAUGCAUGAUUCAGUGUCAUUUUGGGGGGUGUUUUUGAGGAGCCUUAUAGCGGUAUAUCCGGUGCUUAGGCUGUCACCACGGUCACAUGGGUUUUGCGGGGCGUUGCCUGCGCCGGUUUCACGGUAGCAGCUCAGAUUGGCUCUUCGCGUGCUUUUUUGUGGCUUUUUCGCUUGUUGUCGUUCCUCCCCUUUUGCUGUUUUUCGUGUUGUUUUUCCCUGCGCUGUCGCUCGUUGCCCACACCAACAACAAACUUGCACCCUGCAUAUCCUGCACCAAACCAAUUUCCCUUUCUUACUCUUUCCUUAACUGUUCUUCUGUUGAUACCUUGGCACUUUUU